CGGCGGCGGCCCCGCGCGGUGGGCGCGCGCCAGGGCGGCGGGCACAGCCAUGGCGGCGGCGGCCGAGCGGAGCCGCCUCAGCUUCCCCGGCGGCACCGGGGCCCUGGGGCGGCCCGUGCCUAUGAACCUCUUCGCCACCUGGGAGAUCGACGGCUCCAGCCCCAGCUGCGUCCCCAGGUUGUGCAGCUUGACAUUAAAGAAACUGGUAGUCUUAAAGGAGUUGGAUAAGGAGCUUAUUUCUGGGGUCAUUGCUGUCAAAAUGCAGGGCUCCAAGCGCAUCCUGCGCUCCCACGAGAUCGUGUUGCCCCCGAGUGGACACGUGGAGACAGAGCUGGCACUGACCUUCUCACUGCAGUACCCUCACUUCUUGAAGAGAGAAGGCAACAAGCUUCAGAUCAUGCUGCAGCGGCGCAAGCGGUACAAGAACCGAACCAUUUUGGGCUACAAGACCCUGGCUGUGGGCUGCAUCAACAUGGCUGAGGUCAUGCAGCACCCUACAGAAGGUGGCCAGGUUCUGAGCCUUUUCAGCAACAUCAAAGAGGCUCCAGUGAAGGUGGCAGAAAUCUGGAUCUUCUCCUUGUCGAGUCAGCCAAUCGACCAUGAAGACAGCACAAUGCAGGCCAGCCAGAAAAUCAAGUCUACAGACAACUAUUCCGAGGAGGAGUACGAGAGCUUCUCUUCUGAGCAGGAGGCCAGUGAUGAUGCCGUACAGGGCCAGGAUUUGGAUGAUGAUGAGUACGAGAUGGGGAAGCCCAAGAAGCAGCGGAGAUCGAUAGUAAGGACGACAUCCAUAACCAGGCAACAAAACUUCAAACAGAAGGUUGUGGCAUUGCUGAAGAGGUUUAAAGUGUCUGAUGAGGUUCUGGAUUCAGAGCAGGACCCAGCAGAGCACGUUCCAGAGGUGGAGGAGGAUUUGGACCUUCUGUAUGACACGCUGGAUAUUGAGAAUCCCAGUGACAGCGGGCCAGAGAUGGAGGAUGAUGACAGUGUCUUGAGCACUCCAAAGCCAAAGCUAAAACCUUAUUUUGAAGGACUGUCACACUCCAGCUCUCAGACAGAAAUUGGUAGCAUCCACAGCAUCAGGAGCCAGAGAGAGCCACCAAGUCCUCAGGUAGAAGUGCCUGAAAAGACAAAGAGUCUUGGAACCAAACAUGCAGGCGACAGUGUUUCUGACACUGUCCCUUAUGAGUCUAACCAGCAAGCUGAGGUCCAGGAGGCUGAACUCCCCACUCCAGAUGUGUUUGUGGAGAAGCUCCCACCCAGCGGGAAGAUCACAAAGACAGAGUCCCUCAUCAUCCCAUCCACCAGCAGGUCAGAAGGGAAGCAGGCGGGGCGGCGGGGGAGAAGCACGUCGCUGAAGGAGCGGCAGGCGGUGCGGCCGCAGAACGAGCGCGCCAACAGCCUGGACAACGAGCGCUCCCCGGACACCAGGCACCACCUGCAGAUCCCCAGGAAAACAGUGUAUGAUCAGCUAAAUCACAUCCUGGUUUCUGAUGACCAGCUGCCAGAAAACAUUAUUCUUGUCAACACAUCUGACUGGCAAGGCCAGUACCUUUCAGAUGUCUUGCAAAAGCACACCUUGCCAGUGGUCUGCACAUGUUCCUCUGCUGAUAUUCAGGCAGCUUUCAGCACAAUUGUCUCCAGGAUACAGAGAUACUGUAACUGCAAUUCACAGCCUCCAAACCCAAUUAAAAUUGCAGUGGCAGGAGCCCAGAAUUACCUCAGUGCUGUGUUGAGGCUCUUUGUAGAGCAGCUGUCUCACAAAACCCCCGACUGGCUCGGCUACAUGAAAUUUCUGAUCAUCCCUCUAGGCUCUCAUCCAGUGGCCAAGUAUCUGGGCUCUGUAGAUUAUAGAUACAACAACUUCUUCCAAGAUCUAGCCUGGAGAGAUCUGUUCAACAAACUUGAAGCACAGACCACUGUUUCGGAAGCGCCCGACGUCGUGUCCCGGAUAACGCAGUACAUAGCAGGGGCAAACUGUGCUCACCAGCUGCCCAUUGCUGAAGCCAUGCUGACCUACAAGCAGAAGAGCCCCGACGAAGAAUCUUCGCAGAAGUUCAUUCCCUUCGUCGGGGUGGUGAAGGUUGGAAUAGUGGAACAGUCUUCUGCAACAUCAGGUGACUCUGAUGACGCAGCUCCCUCCAGCUCCGUUGUCCUUUCUUCCACCCCACCUUCCGUGUCUCCUGCUGUGAAAGAAGCCUCCCCCACGCCCCCUUCCUCACCAUCUGUGACAGGCAGCUUCUCCUCCCCAAGCCAGAGCCUCGGUGCUGAAUUGAUGGGCCUGCAGGUGGAUUACUGGAUUGCAGCUCCACCCGUGGACAGGAAGAGAGACCCAGAGAAGAAGGACCCCUCCAGUACCAAAAACACACUGAAAUGCACUUUCCGGUCCCUGCAGGUCAGCAGGUUACCGGCCAGCGGCGAGAUCGCCACCACGCCAACCAUGUCCAUGACUGUGGUGACAAAAGAAAAGAACAAAAAAGUGAUGUUUUUGCCCAAGAAAACAAAGGACAAGGAAGUUGAGUCAAAGAGCCAGUGUAUUGAAGGAAUCAGCAGGUUGAUUUGCACAGCAAAACAUCAGCAGAACAUGCUGCGUGUCCUCAUCGAUGGGGUGGAGUGGAACGACGUCAAGUUCUUUCAGCUGGCAGCACAAUGGUCCUCUCAUGUCAAGCACUUUCCCAUCUGCAUCUUUGGACACUCCAAAUCUAACUUCUAGCUGUGCUGGGCGCAGGGACCUUCUGCCCAUCCCGAGGACUGCACACCAGGAGCCAGGAACUGCGUGCCAACUCUGACUCGCCUCGCUCUGCCCUCUCCUGCAGAAUUAAUUACAGAUGUGCUUGGAUUACUUUUGAAUUACUUUUUUCUAUUAACUCUUUAAGUUUACUACAAGGGAAGGAAACCCCUUUAAACAAAGGCAAAAAAAACCCCAACAAACCAACAAACCAGUCUUAAAUAUAGAUGUGCUGACAACGUGAAGUCGUGGGGGAGUUGGCAGGAGCAGGCAACCUGCCCAAGAACACCUACCACUUAGGAGCAGAUAGCUGAGUAACUGCACUGCUUAUUAACCUGAGACCUCAUUGGUGUGAGUGGGCUGGGGGAGCCGUGGAUCAGCUCAAAUAGAUUUUGCAGAAGAUCUCGUGUGCUGGGCCCCCACUCUGUGUUUCUAGGAGAAAAGGAUGGCCGGUUUUCCUUCCUGCUGCCAAAGGAUGAGAGAUCAACGAGUCUGGAGGGAGUUCAGCUGUCUGCUGUGGAAAACAAGGCACUUGCAGAGUUAGGGAGGUGUGGAGAGGAGAUCCUCUUCGGAGCACAGAGCCUGCCAUGGGGGCAGGCAGAUGUUGGUGCUGAAGCGAUGCCUGAGGAGGGUUGGGCAGGAACAGGAAUUAGGGAAACACUAAUAAGGAAACUCCUGUGUCCCAGGUCUUUUACAAUGACCGAACCAAGCCAGUCUCUGUGUUCCCCAGCUGGCUGUGCUGCUGAGGGGCACCACGUCAGUGGGGUCGCUGCUAUUUACAUACUCACACCCAUUAUUUUACCUGUCAAUAAAACCUCGUCCAGCCUCCAAAGGGAAAGGAUUUUUUUUAACAGCUGCAGAUUUUUUUUAAUGCUUUCUAAAAAAAAAACAAAUAAAAAUAAAAUAAAAACAAUAAAUAACAGGAAAAAAUAUUAAUUUGCCAAAAAAACCCCACAAACCCAGGAAGACGAGCCGUUGUUCUGUGGAGUGAUGCAUCACUGCAGUGGCUGGACUGUGUGUGUCCAGCUGCCUUCCUGCCCUGUGUCAAACUGCUCACCUGAGGAGGCACAGGCUGCUCUUCAGUGCUGGGUGGGAUAUGGGGAGCAGGGUGCUCUUGCCAUGUGGAAGAACAGACAUCUCUGCCAUUUCAGGGUAAGAGACUGAAAUUUCUGAUGAGCCUUUUUGGGUCCCCUCUUUGUGGGCAGGCCAGGCUCUGUGAGGCACUUUCUGAGGGCAGUGAUGCUUUUGAACUUUUUUUUUUUUUCUUUUUUUACCUGAUCCCUUACCCUUGGGUUUUUAAAGGCUUGGGGAACCUGCUCUGCAUGGGCACCACCUGGGUUCUGUUGGGCAGGUACUGAUGGUGUGCUCUGCUGGCAGGGAGGUUCUGAGGUUAGAGCUGGAUCUUGUGCCUGUUGUGCCAUCAGCUUGGGCUGCUUCAGCAGCUGAGCACAAGGGCAACCUGCAUGGCCAGGGACUGGGUAUUCCCUUCAAGCCAUGCAGGGGAGGAGGACACUGUCCCAGCCUGGUGGCAUUCUGCUGGGCAGGACACACUGUCUGGCUGCAAUAUUUGUUCUUCCUGCCUGCCCUGUGCUGGCUCCUGGCUGUGGCAGAAGCUGGGCUGUGGUGGGAUGUAGCUGUGUCCCUCAGCUGAUGUUUUUGGGUGACCUGAGCUGAUGCUCUGGGGCUGUAUAGCGUUGCCUAGCAGCAGCAGCGUGGGAGAGGGUGUGUAAGCACAUCACAUCUUGAUCGAGGCUGUCGCAUCAAAAAAAAAGCUUUGUAAGGGAGAUUAGUCAGUGUGUGAUUUCUCCCUGGAGUCCCACACUGGUGUGACAAGGGUGAUGGGGCUGGGUUCCAGCUGUGUGCAGCCUGGGCAGCUCUGGUGGUGCUGCUGCAAUAACUUUGUUUACUGGGGGGCGAGGCGAGAACCAUCACUGUGCUCCUCUUUGUAUUUCAACCUACUGUAAAGAAAAAACCUGGUAGCUAGGACAGGGUUUCCAGAGUCCUGCCUAUCAAAUGUGUGUUGCCCUGCUGUACUCUGUGCGUGUGUGUGUGUGUGUACGUGUGAGAGAAACACUUCUGCUCGUUGCAUUUCAUGUUGGUUUGUGUUUUGUUCUAACUUUAUACAAGCAAAUACAUUGGGAGGCACUCUGUACACCUGAGGGCUUGAUUUCUCCCCUGUGGAAAGCUGUUGUUGCUCUGAAAUGUGUCUUCCAUGCAAGAAAACAUCCCGACUUCUCAGCCUUGUUAUCCCAGAGGGAGUCCAGCAGUGGCAGGCUGGGCCUGCCUGUGGGCAGCUGUGUGAGGUGGCUCUCACAGGGGUGGCUCUGGUGUUUCCUGGCCCUGGAGGCAAGGGCUGGCAUGCAAAUUUGGUGGCACAGCUCUCAUCAGGUCGUUGUGCCUCUGUUGUUUCUCUCCUGGAGCCACUUCAUGCAGCUGUUUCUUUCCCUGUCUGGAGUAGAAACAGGUUUCUGUCUCUAAGAAAAAUGGCUCAGACUGUUUGGAGUCAGAAUGAGUGACUGACCUCAGGUUUCCCACUUUCCCAACUUCCCCAACAGUUUCUGGGGGGACCUUGCUGGGAAUGAGCUCCACUGACUUAAGGGAUUCUCACUGUGGGACCAGGAAACAUUUCUGGGGCAGCAGAGGUCAUGUCAGUGAGUGCAGGAGGAUGGCUUAGAGCAGAGACAGCACCGCUCUGUCUUCAGCUCUGGAGAGUUUGGGCAGGGAAGGGACAUCUCAAAUGAAGAAACUCGGGGGGCUGUCUCCCACACUGGGCUUACUUUGGAGCCGUGUGGUCUGACAGCAGAGGCAGGGCCUGGGGUGGGCAGCACCUGAGUGGGUCUCCAGCCAGGAGGUGCUUUGAAGGUGGUGUCCCCUGCUGUGUCCCUUUCUCUGUGCCAGAGCUCACCCCAGCUCCCCACAGGGCCAGUCUCUCCCACCCCUCUGGCUGUGGCUUCUCAUUGCAGGGUUUCUCUCAGCUGCUGUGGGUGAGCUCUGGGGAGCGGGCUGGCUGCACCACGCUGAGCCAGUCCUGCAGCUCCAGAGAGCAGAUGAAAGAUGGAAGGGUUUGUGGAUCAUGUUGCACCUUGAGUGCUUCCUGGUCCUCUGGCUUGAGUUUCCUGGAGACAAAGGCUGGGCUUCAGCCUGCCAGCGCUCGGUCAGAGCUGGCUCUGGUGGCGCUGGUGACGUCGGGGACAUCUUGUGUGGCUGUUGUAGCUCGGUGCUGCAGUUCCCAUCCAGUUCAAUUGUCACUUCACAUCGUCACUGCACAAUCCUUCUGAAUUACACAUGAGUUUGGGGAGAACCUGGUCUCUUUGGCUGUGUUUGCUGCUUUAAUUAGAACACAAGAUAAAGCUUGUGGCUUUAUCCUGCAGAGAGGGCAGGGGUAGGUGGCUGGGAGGUUUCUGGGGCUGAGGAGAUGUGCCUGUUUGCUUUCCAUCACCACACUCAGCCAGGAGCCACACUGCCCUGUGCUUAACCUGUGAUUGCAGCAAAGGCCCUGGCAUGUUUCUCCCCAGCAGCAUGUGAGAGAGCCAGGGCAGAGGCUGUUUCACCUGGACUCUCCAAGGUUAAGAGGGAAAUCAUGUCAAAAGGCAGCAGAACCAGUAGUCUUUUCCUGCUGCUUGAUGUGCUAAGGGGUUGGGAAACUGGGAUUAGGACAGUCCUGCCAUGCAGCUGUAAUGGGCUUGGGGCCCUGGGGCUUUCUUGAAGUUAGGUUGGAUGCAGUGACUGUCCCCUUCAUCUGGGGGGUGAUGAUCUCAGCAGAUAUUUGAGUAGUGACAUUUUAGUGUGACACUCCCUCUGGGCUUAACCUGGCAGGAGAAGGCCAGAAGUGAGCAGCAGCAUCUCCUGGAGGUUCCCUGCAGCCUCUUCCAUGGUGUUCUUACAGGAGAUGUUCCUGGCAGGGCCGGCUCCUGCAGGAAGGAUCACUCUGGUGCUUUGGGACAGACUGGGGCAGAAGGGGACGUGCCAACUUGUAAAGCAGCAGGUUGCUGGUUUCCUUUGGGAAGAGCACUGUUCUGGGGCCACGUGCAGUGUUCUGGGGCCACGUGCAGGCAGCUGCUGCUUGGAGCCUUGGCUGGACAGUGGCUGUGGACGUGCCCCGGGCGUGGGGAUGGCUGGAAUUGUGGGGCUGCGUGCCACCAGGCUUGUCCUGGCCGCGGCGUGCGAGGGGACGGUACCACUUUGUAGAUUCCCGAGCUGUCCAUCUGUUUCAUUGUUGUAUUGUUUGGGUUCUAGGGUUGUUUUUUACCAAGACAGAUUAAAUGUAAAUAGCCUUUUUUUUGGAACAAACCGCAACGUGCUCGACCUCGUCAACUAUUUUAUGGUACUAAUGCAACACUAAUAAAACUGGACAUGAAAGCACA